CUAAGGAUUCUGGCCUUCUUUGCAUCUAAAUAAGGGUACGCUCUAAACACCAUGGCCUCCUCUUCUCCCACCGUCACAACGCUUAGGCGAAAUGGCGCAGACAUACUCGUGGAGGCCCUCGAGCGCUGUGGAGUUGGCGACGUGUUCGCGUACCCGGGCGGUGCGUCCAUGGAGAUCCACCAGGAGCUCACGCGCUCGCCCACCAUCCGCACCCACCUGCUCCGCCACGAGCAGGGCGAGGCCUUCGCCGCGUCAGGCUACGCGCGCGCUUCCGGCCGGCCCGGCGUCUGCAUCGCCACCUCCGGCCCCGGUGCCACCAACCUCGUCACCGCGCUCGCCGAUGCGUAUCUCGACUCUGUGCUGUUAGACAAACUAGAGUUUGGAACAAUGCUCGAUGCCCUUGAUGGACACGGCUGUCAUAUAUUUAUAAGAGGGAAUCGUACAAAUACAAGUUAUGUUACAACACGUAUAUAUACUAUAUACUUAGUCUAA